AUGAGGGAGACCAGUGCUGCUUGGGGUAAACAGGAGAAAGGCCCGAGCAGUGAAUGGCAACUUCUGGUGAACCUUUGCUCCUCAGGCAAAGCUCAUGGUGACCCAGAGCCUUGUCAACAAAACGCCGACUUGGCCAAGGCUGAGGAACAGAAGGCGGCGGCUCGUUCGCGUUACAGAGAACGGAGGGAGGAGAGCGAAGGAUUUCACCGCCCUCCCGCCGCCGAGAGGAGACUUUCUAUCAAGUGUGCGCGUUGGGGGAGGGAGAAGAGGGAGGUGAAGGGGGACGCGAGCAGCGAGCGAGUCAGAGGCUGCGUUAUCCCAGUGCGGAGCUGCCGGAGCGGGGGAGGGGAACCCGAAGGCAGGCGGUCUUGGCGUUGCCUACGCCGGCUCCGCCGCUCGUUGGGGCCCUGCCCGCGGGGACCUGAGGGCUUCGGAGGCAGGAGGCUGGGGGAGCAGCCGGCGGCGCAGGGCCCGGGGGGCCGCGGCGGGCGCGGGAGCCUGGGGCUGCCUGGGCGGGAGGCGCUGCUCCCCGCUCUCGGCCGCCCGCGCAGCCCAGGCGGACGGGACCGUUCCUGUCGGAUUCCGGCGAACCUUGCGUGCCUUAUGAAUAAACCGGCUAUUAGGCUGAUGCUUCCAGUAACACUACCCAGCAGCAAGGACAUGUCAUAUGUCUUCUGCGAGACAAAAUACUGCAAAUGCCAUGGUACAGGAGGAAAUCACUGCGAUACUUGAUGGAUGGAGCCAGCAUAAAGCCGUGGGAAGAGCAGAACCCAAGCGCUCCGGGAAGUGCACAGCUGGGAUGUAAGAAUUAGUACUGGAGUGCUGUGUCCCUCAGAACCAUAGUGUCUGGAGCUGCUUUGUCAGCAGGGUCCCGUGAUGGAGGCGUGUUGCUGUUGGAGAAAGACAGUACAUCUUGGAGGAAAUCGCACCACCUCUCAGAGUGGCAUGUUUUAAAUAAGUACCUCACACCCCCACUCACAUGAACCAUUGUGUCAGCAACAGUAUGUACUCAUAACCCAUGAAGUUAUCCACCCCACAUGUACCUUCAUUGAUGUAGCUAUGCCGGAAGUCUUCUAGAGCGCAUGCGUGGGCUUAAUUCUCUCCCCAAGACUCUGCUAGGGUUUACUGUAUAGUAACAUAAACCUGUGUUUUAAAAAUAACGCUUUAAUAUACUGUGGUGUGCUACAUGAUGUCUCAGACUGAUUGUAUGUGAUUGUAUUUUCAUGAACCUUAAUGAGACUUAAAAAUAAAGAGGCAAAUUUUAGAGAAAAUUGGAUUAAAUAGCUUAGUUCUCCAUAAAGACUUUAAAUUUCAAUCAAGUUUCGAGUCUGAGACUAAUAAUUCUUAGACUGGAUUUUUAAAAUGUCUCAAAUUUAAGAUCAAAUAAUGAGCAUUAUCAUCAGUGUAUUUGUAUAGCAGUAACUCCUAGAAGUAUGAACAUUAAAAUGACGUAUUUCAGAAGCCACCGUUGGCCUUCCCCAAAACUCCAGCUUGGGUUUUGUUGGUUCUUUUGCCCAGCUGUACCUAGGGUGAUAUCCUGCAUCUCUGCAACUCAGUCAUCCCUGUGCAAACUUCUGUAAGACUCCUAUAUUGGCGUGGUUCUCGUUCCCAGUGAUGGGGCAAUGCAAUAUCAAUCCUAGUCUUGCUUACUGUGUGGGACAGGCAGAAGGAUGUUUGAUUCUUUGUUAUCUGCUUGAUACACAAUCCUUACAGGAAGAAAAAAAGAGAUGAGUUUGGAUUCUGGUCUGUUAUUCCCCAUGUCUGUGGUCAUAGUGCCUUUCAACCUCAGUAGUACUCAGGACUUCAUAAAUAUUAUAAAGUUUGUGGAUUUCAAAGUUUCCUCCCAUUUGAGCUUUCUUUUCCACAGUUCUGGGGGGCUUGGCAUUAGACUGAAUGUAUCAUUUAUGUUUGGUGGAACUGGUGAGCCUCAGACCCUUUCAGGUAGUUCACACCACAGGGUUCAUCUCACAGGUAGCUCACAUUGCUUGUCUUCUCACACAUGGGUUUAUCUAUGAGGUCUGGGAACAUGUAUAUUUGUGGCCAUGUGUGGCUGGGGUUAAUUAAUUUUUUCACUCUUCUGCUUCUUGUCAUUAUCCAUACCUGUUCAUAACACAGAGCAGGUUUUGAUAGUGGCCAUCAAGUACAUGAAAAUGAGCUGGGCUUUUAAGAAGCUUGCCUGUACUAGACAUUUUAUUGGUUGUCAUGAGGUGAUGAGGGAUUGUCUUGGCAUAGCAAAAGGUGUUUGUAUUUGUUAAUUGGAAAGAAGACAAUAAAACCUUCUAAAAGUUAA